UUUAAGGGAUGCGGAUAAGUUAAUAUGAAUUAUUACUGGCCACUCGGUAGUGACACUAGUGGAGGUUCAAGGCCAUUAAAACUCAAGUUAGAAUCCAAAACAGAAUCCUCUAUAAUCAGAUUAAAGGAGAAUCACAUUAAGUUGAUUUCAUCAAGAAUCUCAGGCAAUCUUGAUAAAAUUAUAGAUUCUUUGAGUGAACAUGAAUUAAAUCGACUAUACUCAGAGAUAGGACCGAUUCCUACAACUGCAAAUGAGUUUUUUACUUUUCUUGGAUCCUUUAUCCCAUCUUUCUCUGAUCAGGAUAGACCAACAAUAUUGAUCGAUAAGUUAAAAAAUUAUUGUAAAAAAGAAGCACAACUCGAUCAUUUGGAACAUAUCAGAAAGGAUUGGGAACUUAUAACUCGGAUAACAAAUUCAAAUAAACUUGAGUCAUAUAUACCCCUUGUAAAAUUAGAAGGAAAGACUCUAGAGCCUUUAUUGAGUCAGUUAGAAAGGAAGAAUCACCUUUUAAAUGACAAAGAACAUGAUUUUAAAUUACUAUUUCCCUCCUCUGGUCCAGUCAGGUUGAAAAACUUUGUAAAAAUUCAUCAAGUUGGUCAAGGAGCUUAUGGAGACGUUUGGUUGGCAGAGGAUAUUGUAAAUAAGAAGCCGGUAGCUUUAAAGAAGCUGAAACUGAACGAGGAGAGGGAGGGGUUUCCAAAAAAUGCCAUUCGCGAGAUCUUGUUGCUGAACUCACUAAAACAUAAAAACAUUGUAAAUUUACUAGGUAUUUGCUAUUCUAAAUCUUACAGCACCUCAUUGUUAUCUGAUGGAUUGAGCAGUAGCAAAGAAGAACUAAACGAAGAUGACCAUAAGUCUAAAUUCAACCCUAAGAAUCCUGAUAAAUCAAAGUCAGCGUACGGCCAUACUCCAAGUUACAGCCGUAGGGGCAGUCACGAUAAAGGGAGGGAUUUUCAUAGGAGUCACAGGGAAGCCAGGAACAAACCAUCUAAUGCCGACCAAAACAAGAAUGAUGAGGAUAAGAACAAGAAUAAGAAUAGAGAUAAGGAUAAGAAAAAUGAUAGGGAAAACGUGUGGAUGGUUUUUGAAUACUUGCCAUUUGAUUUAAGUGGAUAUAUAGAGGCACUUAGGGACCCACAUGAGAAGUAUGAUAAACUCGCAAGGCCUUCAGUUUGGCUGAGUAUCGGGGAAAUUAAGACUAUAAUGCGUCAGUUAUUUAGGGCUUUGAAUUAUUGUCAUAAAAAUAAUGUUCUGCACAGAGAUUUAAAAACUGCAAAUCUACUCAUGGAUCAAGAUGGAGUGAUAAAACUGGCUGAUUUUGGUCUAGCCAGAUUCUUGCCUCAUGGGAAGGGCUUGUUAACCAAUAGGGUUGUUACUCUGUGGUACAGAUCGCCUGAACUCCUACUUGGAAGUGAAAGUUAUGAUUUCUCAGUUGAUUUAUGGAGUGCUGGGUGCAUAAUGAGUGAGUUGGUUUCAGGAUCACAUAUUUUUGCAGCUGAUAAGGAGUCUCUAAUUUUAAAACUGAUUUGUGAAUACUUGGGAUUACCUGACGAGGCAGAUUUAAAAUAUUUACGUACGCUUCCACUUUGGAACGAUAAGAAUUCAAACCCUCUGCACCCUGAAAGGAUAGGCUCCAUAAUAACUCGUCAAAGGGAGUUUGAAAAGAUUUUUACCAAGGUUAAUCAGCUCGGAAAAGAUGGCUGGGAUUUGCUUAAAACUCUCUUUUCGUGGUCUCCUUCCACUAGAAUCACUGCCAAACAAGCACUUCUUCAUCCCUGGUUUACAAACGAGCCUCUUCCGAAAUUAUUGACAAACCGUCAUAACAUCAAGGCAGCUCACAACUUCAUGACCAAGAAUCAACGCAAGCGUGAAAAUCUUAGGCCUUCUCAAAAAAGGCACGAAUAUGUAAAAUAUGCAAAUACUGGUGAUAUAAGAAAAGUCUUAAAGAAACAGCUCUCGAUAUCUUUGUAAAGUUAUUUAGAAGACCGGAAUCCCAACGAUUUUAAUUUUAAGUUUGGGAUGAACUCAUUAAAUUUGAAAAACU